AUCAUUUAUCCUCUGGCCCCACCUCUCCUCAAUCAACUCCUGUAAUAUGCCCCCUUUGAUUUCUCUGACCAAUUCCUCCCUUCCUAAAUUCACCGUCAUUUGCUCGGCGAAUUUCUAAUUUAUUUUUAUUUUAUAACCAAAAUUCUUUUUCAUUUUAUUAAUAUCUUUAUUAUUAACCGUCACCGUUACAGUUUCAAGAUCGGUCAAAAUUCUGGUCAGAUGCAGUUAAGACCGUCCGAUCUACCUCGUGAUCCGUGACGUCAAAACACAAAUUUUCCUAAGUUUCUUCCUAAACGAGGUACGUGCUGGGUUUUUUUACCAUAUGUUGACUGAUCGAUCGGGAAGACAGCUCAUCGGCGGCGGCGCCUUGAUUUUUUGUGACGGAACGUAAAUGUCGGGGCCGCUCGAUCGAUUCGCUAGGCCUUGCUUUGAGGGGUUUUCAGGUAGUGACGAGAGAAGAGAAAGGAAAUCUGAUUUCGAGAACUCAGAAGAUGAAAGGCGCACAAGAAUAGGAUCCUUGAGAAAGAAAGCGAUAAAUGCAUCUACUAGAUUUAAGCAUUCUCUCAAAAAGAAGAGUGGUAGAAGGAAAAGUGAUGGACGCGUCAGCGCUGUAUCCAUUGAGGAUGUUCGCGAUUUGGAGGAACUACAGGCUGUUGAUCAAUUUCGACAAGCGCUGAUUAUGGAAGAACUGCUUCCAGAAAGACAUGAUGACUAUCACAUGAUGUUGAGGUUCUUGAAAGCAAGGAAGUUUGAUAUAGAUAAAGCUAAGCAUAUGUGGGCAGAUAUGCUCCAAUGGAGAAAGGAGUUUGGUGCUGACACCAUCAUGGAGGAUUUUGAGUUCAAGGAGUUGAAUGAGGUUUUAAGGUAUUACCCUCAUGGUCAUCAUGGUAUUGAUAAGGAGGGAAGACCUGUGUAUAUUGAAAGAUUGGGAAAAGUUGAUCCCAACAAACUCAUGCAAGUUACAACUAUGGACCGGUAUGUAAAAUACCAUGUCCAGGAGUUUGAGAAGGCCUUCACAGUGAAGUUUCCUGCAUGUACAUUUGCUGCAAAGAGGCACAUAGAUUCAAGCACAACAAUUUUAGAUGUUCAUGGUGUGGGCUUUAAAAAUUUUAACAAGUGUGCAAGGGAGCUGAUUAUGCGACUGCAAAAGAUCGAUGGUGACAAUUACCCUGAGACUCUUCACCAAAUGUUUAUCAUCAAUGCUGGACCUGGGUUUAGGCUGCUGUGGAACACUGUCAAGACAUUUCUAGAUCCAAAAACAACUUCCAAGAUUCAUGUUCUUGGAAACAAGUACCAGAGCAAAUUGCUUGAGAUUAUUGAUGCCAGUGAGUUGCCAGAAUUUCUGGGUGGUAGCUGUACAUGUGCAGAUCAGGGAGGUUGCCUUCAUUCUGAUAAGGGGCCUUGGAAAAAUCCAGAAAUAUUGAAGAUGGUUCUUAAUGGUGCAGCAUGGCAUGCCAGGCAAGUCGUAAAAGUUUUGAAUAGUGAUGGGAAGGUUAUUGCUUAUGCUAAGCCACGAUAUCCAAUGCAGCUGAAAGGUAGCGAUACAUCCACAGCAGAAUCUGGAUCAGAAGCAGAAGAUAUUGCAUCUCCAAAAGCAAUGAAGAGUUAUUCACGACUGCAGCUGACCCCUGUUCAUGAAGAAGCUAAGGUCGUUGGGAAAUCAAGCUAUGCUGGUAACUUCUCAGGCUAUGUUGAAUAUGUUCCCACGGUCGACAAAGCUGUUGAUUCUAGUUGGAAAAGACAAACCUCCCUCCAGAGGCCUUCUGCUUCCAGAGGUAUAUUAACGUUGCCUGAAACUCCCAAGACCCCAGAAGGAAUUCGAGCUCAGAUUUUGCUUACUGUUAUGGCUUUCUUCUUGACACUUUACACUCUCUUCCACUCGGUAGCAUGCCGUGUAAUUAGAAAGCUUCCUCACAAAGUUUCUGACCAUUGUCGAAAUGCUACUGAACUUACCCCUCAUGAAACUCAAGAGGAAGAGUUUCGCCCCCCUUCUCCAACCCCUCCUUUUACUCAAUCUGAUAUUCUAUCUUCUGUGCUCAAGAGAUUGGGUGAGCUUGAGGAGAAAGUUGAUACCCUACAAGCAAAGCCAUCGGAGAUGCCUUAUGAGAAAGAGGAAUUAUUAAAUGCUGCUGUAUGUCGUGUUGAUGCCCUAGAAGCAGAGCUAAUUGCUACCAAGAAGGCUCUUCAUGAAGCUUUGAUGAGGCAAGAAGAACUUCUUGCUUACAUAGACAGUCAAGAGGAAGCCAAACUGCGGAAAAAGAAGUUUUGCUGGUGAUAAAGCUAUGGUGAUGGAGACUACAAAAAAACCUCAUCACUAUCUUGAGUUCGUUUCUGUUUUACCACUCAACAUACAACCACAACCGAUGUUGAUAUUAGGGGGAUAUACUGCGGUAAGCAAUGUAAUUGUUGGUCCGAAUACAAAUCAUAAUGGAACUGUCUUUCUAUCGGCUCUUUUCCCUUUUUUUUUUUUGACUAAUCUCUUUCCAUGUAAUG